GGCGAGAAUUGUUCGCAAAUGCUGCAGCACUAUCGCGAUGAUCAGCGUCUUUGGGGCCUUGUGCGUCGCGUAAAAUUGUUACGCUCCAAACAGCUAAGUCCGUUUCAAAGCACCGUGGUUGGCAUCAGAACGCAACGCCCGUAUGCUGUGAAAUUGCGAGUGUGGAAAAUCAAUUACAUGCGCUUGGCAGUUUUUCUCGGCGGGCUGGCGUUAUUCGUAAUGUCUCAAACGUUGGUUCGAAAUGCUUUCUUUUACUACACAAGUGGUUGCAUGAUUGGCGUUCUUGCUUCCCUUCUGAUCGUUGGAUUCAUUGUUUAUCGCUUUACACCAAAGGUUCAAGCUUUUAUAAUUUUAUGA